CAAGCGACAUUUGUGUCUCUGUAAACACGCAGAUAAGAACUUGUGACUAGCUAAUACACACGGCCCGAAAUAAACGCAGUCUUCAUGGAUACACCGGCCAUUGACAGUUGUCUGGCCGGGGGGAUGGGUGUGGCAUGCCGAUCACCUAUCGGGCAAUGGCCUUCACCUCCAGCCGCUCACACCCAUAACAGCAUUCUCAACAGUAGCAGCCUGCUUGGUAACCCUACCGGCUACAUGGGUUUUUCCACCACUGCCUCUGACAACGAGAACAGUAACAGCGCAAUGAGCGACUGUUCCCCCCGUGGAGGGGGAGCGAUGACUCCCAACAGCACCAACACCACAAACGCCAGCAGCAGCAGCAGCGGCAGCAAAAGUAACAGCAGCGGCCGACAGAACCAAGUUGGCACCAUCAUGCUUCACGGCGUAGCCAUAGUGUCACUAGUCAUUGACAAUAAGGUUAGUGAGGAUAGGGAGAGACUUUGUUUGGCUCAGAUCUCCAACACGCUUCUCAAAGACUACAGCUAUAACGAGAUACAUAACAGACGUGUGGCUUUAGGGAUCACGUGUGUCCAGUGUACACCUGUUCAAUUGGAAAUUUUGAGACGUGCAGGGGCGAUGCCCGUGUCCUCCAGAAGGUGUGGUAUGAUAACGAAGAGAGAGGCGGAGAGACUGGUGAAAAGUUUUCUAGAAGAGAACACCCCUCCCAAACUUCCAGAAGACUUCGCCUUUGACGUUCACCACGAAUGUGGCUGGGGAUGCAGAGGUUUCUUUGAACCUUCGCGGUAUAACAGUUCCCGGGCCAAGUGCAUCAAGUGCACCUACUGCAACAUGUACUUCUCACCCAACAAAUUCAUCUUUCACUUUCACCGGACCCCGGAGUCCAAGUACAACCAUCCCGACGCCGCCAACUUCAACUCGUGGCGCCGGCACCUCAAGCUCUACACGGGCCACGACAACGAGGAGAUCGCCUACAAAUGGGAGGACGUCAAGGCUAUGUUCAAUGGCGGAACAAGAAAACGGGUCUUCACUCACUCCUCUGCUUCCUCAUCUUCUCCAUCCACGCUUCCAUCUUCGUCCGUGUCGUCCUCAAACCACACGACCAUCACGUAUUCGGGACGAUCCCACAGUCGUGAGUCCGAUGGGGGAAGUGCGGCCAAGAAAACCAAAAUGGUGCCAACAAUAGAAACAAACCCCUACCUCCCAAAACCACCGCCAUUCCCAAACCCUUUUAACCCGUAUAACUGGAUUGCAGCUAGUGCACCAGGAAAACCCCCUUAUCCUUUCAUGGCAAUGAACACGUCACAGUCUAUGUGUUUUGGAUUCCCCCAGCAACCUCCCCCAAAUAAAGAUCUCAUGGCCGAUAGGCUAAAAUCCACUCCCAUGGCCCCCAACACUUGGGUGGGUCGAUCCAACCCACAUUUCCCACUAUCAUCGAUGGACUUAUUUUGGGACAAAGCUUUCGGGUUCCCUCCAAAUGCACUGGGUUUUAGAAACGGGGGUUACCAUGCCCCCAAUCUUGCUGGGACCGCAGCUGCACAUACGUCAGUGGCGCCAACACUUAUGGAAAGCUCUGAACACCUUUCCCCACACGGAGAGCACAACCCCUGUGCAACAUCGCCUCAUGGUCUUCCCCAAAACCUCAUCAAACAAAACUACGAGCGCAGGGAAAAGAUGCGAGAUCGCAUGUCAGCAUUCAAACGCGUUGUUCCAACAUCCUCAUCGCCGUCUUCAUCCUCGCUGUCUCCUCACCUCAGUCCCAACAUAGAAAACGAUGGACACGCCCAGAACGACUUCCACAGAGACAACUCGGACGAUGAAGACAACAGUCUGUGUGCCCAGGACCUAACCACGCACAAAGACAUUGAGGAUUCCGAAGAGAUCGACGUUGAAGAGGACGCCGACGAAAGGAAACGCAAAACCGCAGACGACCCAGAAGAUGAUAAUAUCAAAAGUCAUUACGAGGGGAAAAAAGAACAGGACAACGAUUUUGAUAGUUCCAGACACUCUCACAGUUCAGAGCGUGCAUCCUCUAUGGAAAAUUGUGAUGAAGGGGAUAAGAAAGGUCCGAGAGUUAAGUGUGUAUCUCCAAGCCGACCUGGAUCCGCCUCCAGCGAUGACGAAUGCCAGAAACGCGGUACCUCUGAGACCACUGAGCUUCCUGGUCAAGACUCGGGACUCUCAGAUGAAUCAGAAACAGAGACGGAGAACCCGAAACAUGUAGGAGACACUUCAAAAGAAAACUUCCGUGAUGACGUCAACCGAGAGAAAGCAUUCCGUGAACACAUGGCCCAGCAGUUGGAGAUGUUACGAGAAACCUUGACCACUGAGCUGGAACAGGAAAGGAAAAUAAGAUUUUCAUUGCAACAAAAACUGAAAGAAGCCCACGAUGCCCUGCAGAACUUUUCAUGUGGACUGCUGACAGGAAGACGAGACGUAUUUUCACUCAAGGAAACAGCCAUCUCACCAAGAUGAAACCUUCAAUUAAACUCUCGUCUCCACUAUACGGACUAUAGAUCUACAUAUAGAAUAGCUCUAUAACAACGGAUAUUUUAAAAUUAACAAAAGGUGACAACACUCAUGUUUAUGAGUUUAUGAAGUGUAAAUAAUAUUAGUAAACUGACAAUGAAUGACACUUGUAUAUGUUCUUAAAAGUCCAACAUUGACUCUAAGAAUGGACCAAGUAAAAAUUGGCUGUAACAUAUGACCGAGAGAUGUGUGUAUAAAAUUUGAAAGGAGGAGAGACACUACAUACUAGAGAAACGAUGCAAGCACCAUAAAAUUCAGGACUUAAUCGAUAUCAUAUAAUAAAUGAUAACAUGAAACAUGAAACAUGACCAACACUGGCAUAUUUAAUACUUUUAUCUUACUAACCCUCCUAUUUGAAGAUAUGUGUUUUAUAAUAUAAUUUGAUUCAUGUUAUCUCAAAGUCCAAGAUUAUUUUUGUUUGAAAUUCUUGUUUUAAACUGUCUACUGUCUGUCGUUGCGGCUAUAGACCAAGUAUUUAAAAACGUUAAGUACGGAGGGCACAAUACAUUAGCAUAGGCUCCGUUUUCAGUUUUAAACAUGCUGGGGUUAACAACUUAACAUAUAUAACACGCAACUAUAAAUAUUCACAAAAGACCCAAUAACACAUUGACACACUUGAAACCUUUUUUAAAUGUCUUUCUUAAUGAGGUUUUUAUAUAUGUACGUAAGCUGCAACUGGAAGGAUAACCAAUUCAAGCAUAUUGUUGCCUAAGGUUAUAGCCUUAGAACCACUACACUAGUUUAGCAGCAAGUUUAUGUUGUAAGCUGGACUGUUAGAUCAUUUUGUUUUGCCUAUCCGAGGCAGGGCUUUGUUUACUCUUCGGGACUUCUCGGCCACAAACUUAUUUAAUUGAUGUUAAUGUACAAUGUUUGUUUUAAAAUCAUUUACCUGUCUCAAAAGUGUGAUGUAAAAAAGAAUAACCUGAUAUACUUAUAUAUAAAUAUAUAUUUCUUUUUUGUUUCUUAUAAAUUGUGUUUAUAGAUUUUGCUGUUGGAUUAAAAUGUGAAUAUACAAACGAUAGAAAUGUAUUGUUUGGUGAGAAGGAGAGACAGGUUAUGUCAUUAGUGAGACAGAUAAAGAACGAGUGUAUCAAAGGUUAUGUCAUUAGUGAGACAGAUAAAGAACGAGUGUAUCAAAGGUUAUGUCAUUAGUGAGACAGAUAAAGAACGAGUGUAUCAAAGGUUAUGUCAUUAGUGAGACAGAUAAAGAACGAGUGUAUCAUACGUGAGACAGCUACAGGACGGCUGGGUCAUUAGUGUGAUAGCUAUCUCCGGUUAUGUCGCAGAGAAAGAGUGGGACAGCUUGGAGUGAUACAAGACUUUGUCUCUACAUUCUGUUUUCGUCUCACUUUCUUAGCCUGGAUCUCCAGCCAGCUGUUACA